AGCAACUCCCCUUGACCCCUCCCUCCCUCGGCAUUCGCAGCAUCACCCUUUACACUGCACAGUCAUAUUUGGUCCUCCGGAAAUAUCCACAGCACGGAAAUAUAAAUGGGUAUGCCCCAAAAUGGAUUCUCAGUUGGCUUCAGUCCUGACCGGUGGCAGCCUGGAUGUCCAAAAUGGCAGCCAGUGUGCAGAGGGAUCAGGGCCAGUGACAGAUGUUUUUUUGGAACUAAAGGAAAAGACCUCACCUAUAACUGUACCAGGUAACCUCCAGCCGUGCCCUGUCAAAGCAGCAGUGACCAUCAGGCAGGCUGCUCCAUCAAUCAAUGGGAAUAAGCCAAAGGGGGGCGGGACUAAGCCAGCCUCUCAGGAAACAAGUAAGAUUGGUGGGUUCAGACAGCCAAUCACAGUAAAGACUGGAGUGCAUGAGUUGCACAGCCAACCAAUCCGACUCAAAAUUGUUGUUCCCCAACGGUGCAAGAGGCCAAUCACAAACUCUGCCAUCAGCCUGACCAAAGACUUUGCUCGCUCACAUUUUGGAAGACCUGUUUCGGUCUCAGCUGGAGCAGGAAAACACAGAAGUAAAAUCCUACUAUCUGCUGUUAAGAAAAAAGGAGAAAUCACGGAUGUUACUUACCAUAAGACUGAGGAAGCUAAGCCAGAAUCAUUCCAUGAAACCGAGGCAGAGAGGGAGGAAACAAUGUGCAAAGACAGACUCGUUACAGUUGCUAAAAUCAUUCACACUGAUGAGUCAGAAACUCCUUUGAUCUCAAGCACUAAUGCAGCUAAAAUAUUGAGUCUGAAAGGGAUUAAAGAGGAAACUACAGAGAGAGAAAUUGAGGAAAAUAUUCCUUUAAUUUUGCAAGAAAUGGACAUGAAAUGUUGUAAGAUGUUUGAUGACGUGGGAAUGGAAGAACAAACAGAAGCACUAGACCUGAGUCUGCCCAAGAAAAGAGAGAGUCGAGAGAGGUGUGAACGCUUCCCGGAUGACUCUGGCUGCGAAAGCUCACUGAUUAUGGAGGUGGAUGAAUAUGAGGGAGAAGGGGACAGAGAUGUAGUAGAAGAGGACGAUGAUGGUGAAGGAGAGGGUUCUGUGCCGCAUAUGGACGCCACAGAUAGACUUGAAGACUCUCUCCUGUCUCCCUCUUUCUUUUCUACCUCUGUCUUUACCUCCCUCUCCUCGAUAGACUGUGACACUGAAAACCUUCUUCUCAUAGACGACCGGGGAAUCCCGUAUACGCUUAGUUCAGACGGACUCAAAGUGCCGCAGGUCGAUGCUUCCACGUCAGAGGAUCAGGUUGAAGAAAUGAGGUCGCCACAAUUAGCCAAGUUAGCAGAUCCUAGCCUCAGCCAAAGUUUAGAUAAUGCACUAUAUCCACCUUCUGAUCAUAUUUACAACUCGCCAGCCCCUGCUACUGAUUCUCCAUCACUAGGUGUUGAUCAGACAAAGACUCCAGAAGUCUUCACAGGUUUGAUUAAAAACUCCGCUCCCUCUAAGGCUGCAGAGCCAAGCGUCAAAUCUGUUCAGGAGGCCAAUGCUGUUAUAUCAGUCCCCAACCAGCCCAUUCAGAUCCUCACAAACACUUCUACUAACACUCCUAUUCUCCUCCUGUCAUCCUCCUCUUCCUCUCCUCAGCUCUCCUCAGCUCAGGUGGGUCUCUCGCUUCCCCUUUCAGUUACUCAGACCUCCGCUGGUGCUUCCGCCCCCGUGUUCCUUCUCCUUUCAUCUGUACCCUCUUCCUCUGGUGACUCUCCCUCCACCCCUAUCACUGUCCUCGACCCCUCCACUGGUCAGUUGUCCCAGAUCACCGCAGCCUCUGCACCCGUCUCCCUCCCUUUGCCCUCCGGUCAGGUCAGCACGCUGGGAUCACCUCUUCCCACGCUGUCCCACCCAGUCAUCAGACUGAGCCCCAACAGCCCCCCCGUCAUCCUGUCAGGAGUGACCAAUGUAAACUCCGGCUCUGUUCUCACCUCUCUUAAUGUCCGUUCAUCCUCUCCUGCUCUUCAAAACGACUGCCACAGCACAAACGCUCACUCUCAAAUCAGCUCAGCCGAUUCAAACGUUGGAAGCGAAGCCAUAUCUGCUGAAGAAGUCUCAAGUGAAAACAACAAGCCAUCAACGUUUACAGCAUCCUCUCCUCACCCACAUUCUGCUAGUUUGACCUAUGACCCCUUAGCCCAGCCCAGCUCAGAGGCCCAAUCACCAGCCUCGGAACUCAGAUUUGACCCGUCUAACCAACACUCGGAGCAUUUACCUCUGGACGACCAUCUUUACUUCUCCAACGCUGCUGCUCCCCCCUCCCCUCCCGUCGGACCCAUUCUCCCCUCUGAUAAGCUCGACCCGCUGGGCCCCCUCGACCCGCUGGAUCCUCUCUCUCCAGAGUGGACACCCGACGGCACGGCCCCCCGCAAGGUUCUGUACUGCGAUCUGUGCCCACGGGUCUUCUUUUACCUCUCUGACCUUGAGCGCCACGCCAUCACGCACUCGCAGAAGAAGCCUCACGUUUGCCAGCAGUGCAGCAAAGCCUUCAAACGCUCCAGCCAUCUGCAGAGACACAAGCACAUCCACACAGGCCAGAGGAACUUUGUUUGCCACAUCUGCUCCAAACGCUUCAGGGAGGCCGGUGAGCUCCAGCGCCACCAAAGGGUCCACACUGGAGAGAAACCAUACCAGUGCCAACUUUGCCACACACGCUUUGCCGAGCGCAACACGCUACGCCGACACACCAAACGCAAACACCCUUACCACCAAGUAGCCAUGGAAAUGCUGAACGAGAGAAGAGACAGAGGAGGAGGCGGCGGCGGAUCCGGAGUGCAGGAGAAAGAAGAGAGUGCUGAGUGGUACAGCUCUACUGUGUCUAAUUUGGACAACUCCGAGUCUGAGAUGGAAACUUAAAAGCAUUUUCUGCAUAUGGACUCCAAAGUGAAGGGAAAGAGGCGGUAGGUGAUCAAAUGUAACUCUGGUUAGACGCUAAACUUUCCUCAUUAAUUGACAUUUAAAAUAGGAGGCACUUGCAAUAUUUAUUUCAAUGUUUUUAAGCUUAUUUAUUUAUAUGAAUGUACAUUAUUCUCAUUCCAUUCAGUGGUAAAAAUCAGAAGUCAUACACGAUUUUGACAUUAGCUUUCCUGUAUGAGAAAGGUUCCAUAUGUGUAUAUGUAUAUGAAACGGAAAGUUUAUGCUUGAAAUCAUGAUUUUUAUGUGAGUUACAGAAUAUUAAUUAAACUGCUAACAUGCCCCCAUGAAGUUGCAUUCCCAUACAAUCCAAUAUGUAAAACCCUCAAGUGCUCAGAAAAGGAUAACUUAUUUACUCUCAACAAUCCUCUGCUCUAACUAUGUAUAUAAAGAGUACUAUUUGUAAGAGCUGCACUAUCUCAUGUGAAAGAUGUAAUCUAUCUUUCCUACCGUCAGAGACACUGUGAGUCAUAUGCACUUGUUUUAUUUCAAUAUUAACUUUUUUUACAUUGUGAAGGAAAUUGCUUACUUUAUCUUUUGUCGCAGCUGUCAUAUUUUACGUAUUUAAUUCAUAUCAUGUGAGUUUGACCAAAUGUUUUUGAGUUAUUCUAACAUAAACACUAUAUUCAGAUUGGCUUUUUGUUUAAUGUGAAUUAUGUUAACUUAUUUGAAUUAAA